AUGGCUUCCUCCCCUUCGCAACGCCGUCUACCGGCCAGAGCCGUGGGCUACGAACUUCGAGAGCAGAUCGGUAUCGGCACUUGUGCCGCCGUCUAUCGAGCAUGGUGCGACCAUGUCAAGGACGAGGUCGCCAUCAAGGUUGUUGAGCUUGAGUGGCUACAAGCUUCCCUGGAGGACAUCGGCCGCGAGAUUCAAGUCAUGAGUCUUUCUUCACAUCCAAACGUUGUCCCCUUUUCGACCGCUUUUGUAGAAGGUACCGAUCUAUGGAUUGUCAUGCCUCUUCUCACUGGUGGCUCUGUGCUUUCUCUAAUGAAUUGUGCCUAUCGCGAAGGCUUGCCUGAGGAAUACGCCCGCUAUGUUUUGUGGUGUGUCCUCAAGGCGCUUGAAUACUUCCAUGGCAACGGUCAAAUGCAUCGCGACGUUAAAGCCGCAAACCUACUACUUGAUUCCAACGGCAAUACAAUGCUCGCGGACUACGGCAUGAUGGGUUGGAUGGUUGAAGGAGGCUUGGAUCGCAAGCAACGGCAAACCUUUGUUGGAACCCCUUGUUGGAUGGCACCGGAGGUCAUGAUGCAAGGUGACGGAUAUGAUUACAAAGCUGAUAUUUGGUCUCUGGGAAUCACAGCUAUUGAACUAGCGCAAGGUCGUGCUCCUUACACCAAUUACGCCCCAAUGAAGGUCUUGUUUCUCACCAUGCAGAACGCCCCUCCCACCAUUUCUGGACCCACUGCAGAUCAAUACUCUGCAAAGUACAAAGACUUUGUCGCCUCCUGUCUCCAAAAGGACCCCAAGGUUCGACCCUCGGCAAAGCAGCUCCUGAAACACCCGCUCUUCGCAAAUGGCGUCGUCAAGCCCAACUCGUUAGCAGAUACUAUCGCCAAGUUGCCACCCAUCGGCUCGAGAGGUGGCUCCCAGAAGCAACUGAUUCGCCAGCUUCAGAAGGUGGCCGCUCCCCAUCGCUCGGGCAUCUACGAUCGUUCUGCGAAGGGACUGGGUUGGGACUUUGGCGAAGCAGAGGGUAAGUCGCCCUCACCAAUAGCUGAAGGAGCAGGGGCGUCGGGAGGCGAAGUGCCUUCAAACACGGCGGCAGUAAGCGCCCCACUGCUACCGACCUUAGGCGCGUCCUCGGGUACAGCACAGCAUAUGCCCCACGAAAAUUCCUCGUUGGCAGAUAUGCACGCUUUGAGAACGCUGAAUAUCGCCUCGCCAGACGCUGGGCUCGUUCCGGAAAGUUCCUCUGAGCCUAAUCUCGCGGCCCGUGUGGCAAACAAAUCGUCGGAGAAGAAUAGCACUGGCUUCCACGGGAGGACUUCAUCUUUGCCUGUGUUACCAGCCGAGGACACACCAAACGCUGCGCCGCAUUCCUCAACCGCAGCUGCUUUCCCUGAACACGUCUCGAUCUUAGGCAAACAAGGUGGAACAGGGUGGAUUGGUAGUGUUCCGGCAAAGACAGUAGGUCAAUUACGGAAAGGACGCUUCACCGUUUCGGACGUACCAAAUCCGCAGAGGUUAGAUGGCAAGAUUGGCGGAUUUCUCGAUCGUAACUCCCCCGGCCAAAAGGCAGUGGCUUCCCAACCUGCUUCAGCUAUGGAGGGUGGCGAAAAAGAUACCCCAAUGAUACCGGCGUCAGCAGUAUUGCCUCAGAGCGUUCGGGAUCGUGAACCAGCAAUCUCGAGUACGCGGCAACCUGACACAUCGCAGGUGCCACACAGCCGAACAUCGCAACCUGUCUUAAGCCAAGGACCAAUAUAUAGUACGCAAGAUGAUCGACGCGCACCUAGCAUGGGGAUGCCUGCGGCCACUCAGCAGCUCGCGUCAGAAAGCGACUUGAGAGCACCCGGCGGGGCGAAGUCGAGUUUUCCUCCAAUUUCACCUACCAAACCUCGGAUUGUGAACGUUUCGAAACCUGCGUCUGUGACGACGUAUGCUGCAGCUGUGGCAGGGGCACCGGGGCGCGAGCGCUCCUUCAUUUCAGGAGUGGCACCAGUUGUCAUUAAUGCAGACACGAGGACAGUACUCACAGGAACCCAACCGGUGGUUCAAAAGAAACCACAACCAAACAGUCUACUGGGGCUGUCGUCUCCUGCUUCCGCAGGCUCUAAUAGCCAGCAAGUGACUCCGUCGAGUGCUUACGUCUCAAGCGACGGACUGACUCAAUCGCGAGCACUAUUUGCGAGCGAAAAUCCGCGACCAAAGACUCCAAGUGGACAAGCCCCAUUGAAAAUUCAUACAAUUCCUUCGGCACCACCAGCCAAAGCCAUGGUCUCUGUGGUUUCGGAUGUUGGAAGAAGUGGUCAUAUGGGGAUGCAGACUCAAGUUACGACAAUACCGCUGAGCCAUUACUCUAUUCCCAGCCGAGAGUUGUACCGUGCCACCACGCAAGGAGCUGUGGCUACAUCCAGCGGGACGACGAGUAAUACGGGCCUACCCAAAGUGCCGCAAUCGACUAAGCAAUUAUUGCAGCAGGCCGGCCAAGUACUGUCUUUUGAGUCGUCUAACGUCCAAAUGGGAACGGCGAUCAGGAAGCCCGUCGCAGUUGGUGGUCCAGACGCUGCGCUUGCCCAGCCGCCCCCGAAUGCGCCUGUAGUCAUCCAGAGUACUGCUGGGAGCGGCGUUGGGAGCAGCAACGUGACCGCCCUACCGCAAGGCACUCCAGUGGCUCGUACUGGCAUAUCAUCUGUUCAGCAAAGCAACAUUCAGAUGAAUCCGAAAGUGUUGCAUGCACCCCAAGGUGCCGCUGCUUUGAACAUUGCACAUGCAGGUGUCGCACAGACCACAAUCCCUGCGUCAAGUACGCAGAAGGGGAAUAUACAAAGCAGUGGUGCAAGCAGUGGACAAGGUGGGUCACAAAAUUCUUCAUUCAGCAAUGCUCCACGGCGGAAGAGUAGAUUUGAGGUGAAGGAUGUCGAACGGCCGUCGACCAGCAACAUGACUACAAAUACGAGCAGUGGGGGAGUAGCGGUUAUGAGUGAAACGGCCAGCAACGCAUCUACGAGUGGGCUACCACGUGUGCCAGGACAUAGCGGGAGUACGCCAUCGGUGAAACCAAAGAGCCGAUUUGAAGUCAAGGAUAUUGAGCAACGAUCACGUCCGCCACCUCUUGCGAAUGGAAUAAGUCCGACUGUUCCUCAAAUAGUGAACAUAGGGCCGCCGUCUUCUUCCAGCUCAAUUCCUGCAUCGCGACAGGGAACGCCAUUAGCUUCACCACAGCCUGACUCGCAAUCGACAGGAAACAGUACCAGUGGCUUGGCGAAGUGGUCAGAUUCGUUGCUGGGACAACUGCAGAACAUAAUUCAGCAACUCGUGAAUGACAACGAGACGUUGCGGCGAGAGGUUGCGAUGCUUCGAGGGAAAACGGGAGCGAAUCCAGGAUCAGGAAGUGGUGGGGCGGGAGGAAACGCUGAUAUAGGUGGGAAAGAGGUGAGUAAGAGAAUAGGCGCUCGAGGCCCGGGGACAACAACAUUGCAAUCGGCGACAUAUACUCACAAUGCAAAUAUAUCGUCGGCGAACGUUUAUACUACAGGUGGAAAGAUGAUGUCUGUAACGGGGCAGAUUCAGGUGACAAAGACAGCAGGAGACGGGAGCUACCAUGGUGGCAUAGAGAGGCAGAGACUUGAGAAGGCAGUGGACGCGACAGUAGAAUGGGGAACCGGCAAGUUGGAUAACGAUAACGCAAUCUAUGGGGAACGGGCGUGGGCUUGGAAGGUCAGCAGAGAAGCGGAGAGGGAAGAUGGGGCUAUUCGGGGAACAAGAAGUGGGAUAGGUUCAGGGGAGGGAGGUAAAUGCGAACGGCAAAGUGACUGGGGCCUUCCCAUGGCGCGGGUGCAGGGUGAGGCAGCUGGGGGCGGCGGACAUGCAGGAAGCGAGAGGAGAGAGAUGCAAAGUGUAGUAGGUUCGGAUAGCACAAAGGAUGCGAAUGGGGGAGAUGGAAUUGUGUUUAUGAAAGGCUCAUCACAGAUGGGAAGCGGACAGGUUGGUCACAGUGUUGUGACUUCUGCAAAUGGUGCGAUGGGGGGGAACGGAGAAUGUAGAGGUGAAGAGGUGAAAGGAGUGGGAAGCCUGAAGAAGGAAAUGUAUAGACGUGGUGGAGGAAACAUCCUGUCACGGACAGCGGCGGUGGUGGGGGACGUGGGCACAAUGGGAAGUUUGAUCUAUCCGAACGGAUCCAACUCUAUUGGUUUAUGGCACGUGGCCGGAGAGAGUAUUCCUAACGACGGUAUGUCAAGUCGGGCGGAAGCUGUGAGUGAUGACAGAAGGCGCGUGGAUUCAGCGCGGGACUUUUUAGAUCGCGCGGCGGGGGCGGGCGGACAAGGGUAGCCUGUUGGAGUUAAUAGUUUUAGAGUAGUGUUUUUGUGUAUUGUGAGAGGGAUGGUUUGAGGGAUGUGUAGAAUUUAAACAAGAUUGAGGAGAGGAAGAAGGAAAGAGGAAGCAAGAAGGAGGAGGAAGGUGUGACGGUGCAGGGGAGGGCGAAGUAGAAGUGCAGGGGGUGUUCUUUUUUAAGAAAAGUCAAAAACCUCAA